ACGAAAAGCGGCGGUCGUGAGCAGCCGCCAGUCAGAAUACCAUGUCCUUAGCGGGGGCAGCAUCCGACACAGAACAGAAUAGGACCGAAGAAGACAAACAGAAUAAUACAAAUUCGGGUGCGAGCAAGAAGAAGAACGAAAAAGGCCGAGGGCAGAUGUCAGAUUCUUACAUGUGGAAGGAGCAGAUUCAUACUCUGAUGAAGGGCGGAGAGAGCGAGUCCGAUAUAUCGGAUUCUGAACAUUUUCUCACCAAAGGCGCUUUCCUUCUCACUCCCUCUCAUGGGCUCAGCAUGGAGAAGGCUUCCACCAUCUGCGAGAAGAUGGAAUUCAAAGGUUGCUUCUCGUUAACCAAGACAGCGACUGGAAUUCUAUUCAAAUUCUCCAGCGUGGACGAUUACCAGAUGGUCUUCAAGAAAGGUUUCCAUAAAGUCACUGGCUCCAGGUUUUAUAGGAAGAUCGCAAUACCAUGCCGGCCACAGAAGACGUUCACGAUCUACGUGUACGAUGUGCCCGACGAGGUGCCAGAGGAAGAUGUACGCCAUGCUCUGUACAAGUACGCGUCUGUGGUCGAGGUCGUACGCCUUCACUUCUCUGGAUCGCCAAGAGAUGGUACAUCGACUCCUAAACCAGUGGAAAAGACUCCGCCACGAGCACUAACAACCAUCGAUGGAGAACUGGUCAGCAGCAUGGUCCCCAAAGAGGCAACCAGCGUCAUCCGAGUCACUCUCGCCAAUAUAGAGGAAGCAAACAUUCUGCUUCAGAAUGGCCUUGAUUUCUAUGGUGCCACGUAUUUCCCUACGGAAUUGGCAACUCCGGCUCAAGCUGCUAAACUUAUAAAACCAAGCAGUCCGUUUAUUUCCAGAGUGACUGGCGGAACGGUUUCUGCUAGGGUCCGAGAUCUGCUCCCGGUAUUCGAUCAGCAAGGCUUCACUAAAUUCGCACCGCCAGCUUCAAGACUUGUAAAGCCGCGCUCCAAGUGAGAAUCAAAGAAAAAGAGACGUAAUUUUUCAUUGCUGUUGAUAUACUGAAUGAUAACCAUUUGAUAUUCUUGAAGAUAUUAAUAAUAAUAAAAUUCUUAUAUAUCACGAAUAUUAAACAGAUGACAAAUUUUAUAAUACUAACAAUUCCAUAGUGGAAGAAGCUCUAAAUGAAGCCAAUGAAAACAAACACAUUUAAGUUGAGUUUGUCUCACGGCCUAUAAUGGUAGUAAAUCUGCGGAUGACAAAUAUUACACUGAUAAUGUGAAAGUAAAUAAUGUCAAUAUGCACAAUUACAUUGUACUGUACAGGUAUGAUAUAUUUAAUUAAUGUA